AUGAGAUCUCAUUCUGCUUUUCAGCACCGACAUUUCAAGGAGUUUCUUUUUGAAUGUGAUUCAGCGUAUUCUGACUUACUGCAACACAACAAUUUUCGUUGGCUAAGUAAAGGUCAAGUUAUUGAACGUUUUUGCCUAAUAAAAGAACAAGUAACCUCCUUCUUGCAAAACUUAGAUACGCAGGGAGCUAAGAAGCACCUUGAGUUCGUAACAAAUAAGCGCAAUAUGCUGGUUGUGGCUUUUCUAAAAGAUAUUUUGAAAUAUUUAAAUGCGCUCAACACAGAGUUACAAGGAAAUGGAAAAUUAAUAUGUGAUCUGAUACAAAGCGUGUCUGCUUUUCGUCGUAAGCUGGAUAUCUUUGAAAAAGAUAUUGCAAGACAAGAAUUUGUUCAUUUUCCGACAAUUUUGGAAUAUAAAAAGGAGAACUCUGAAGAAGACAUUGCAGUGUUUACAACAUUUUUGGCCGAUCUUAGGAACGAAUUUGCCACAAGAUUCCAAGACUUUGCAGAGAUGGGCAAGCUGUCUCUGUUUCUUAACCCUGUCACAGUGUGUCACCCUUUGAAGUUGAUGUAG